CUCCAGAAAUGGGUUAAACGUGUAAUUAGAGCCCAUACUGGUAGCUCCAGAAGCUUAAGGGAGAUUUAUCUUCUAAGCUGUUCCGAAGGGCACAAAGCUACUCUGUGCGCUCCUGGUCAGGAGGAGCCACCGCAGCCGUUGGCCGGACUUGAAGCCACGCCAGUCUGCCCAGGAAACAGGGAGAAAGGCGAGUUUGUGUCUGGAUGGCUUGACCUCAUAGCCCCAUCGCCACCCUUUCCCGUGCUGCGCGGUAUAAAAGGCGCCUGCCUGCCUUUGCAAAAGUUUGGGGCUUUUUUUUUUUUUUUUGUCAAAUCUGAGAAGAAAAAAAUAUCCGAGGGACUCGAGGCAGGAAGCAGCGUAGCUCGUUGGACGGAGGCUCCGAACCAGCCGGAUCGGAGACGAUGGCUUCAGUUUUCAUGUGUGGAGUGGAAGAUUUCCUUUUUAGCGGCAGCCGUUUCGUGUGGAACUUGACCGUCUCGGCGCUCCGGAGAUGGUACGAGCAGAGAGUGAGGGGCUGCCACCAAACCCUGAGCACGUGGUGCGGGGUAAGGGACCUUUACCAGAUGACCGAAGGGAGACACUGCCAAGUACAGCUUCUGGAUGAUAGGAAGCUGGAGCUACUAGUUCAGCCUAAACUUUUGUCACGGGAAUUAUUGGAUUUGGUGGCUUCGCAUUUCAACCUCAAAGAAAAGGAAUAUUUUGGGAUAACAUUCAUAGAUGAUAUGGGUCACAAUGUCUGGCUACAGUUAGACCAUAGAGUUCUGGAUCAUGAUUUACCUAAGAAACCAGGUCCGGCAACUUUGUUUUUUGCAGUCAGAUUUUACAUAGAAAGCAUUUCGUUUCUGAAGGAUAAGACCACAGUUGAACUCUUUUUCCUCAACGCAAAGUCCUGUGUGCAACAGGGGCAAAUUGAAGCGGAAAGCGAGACAGUCUUUAGAUUAGCUGCUUUGAUUUUACAGGAAGCAAAAGGAGACUACUCUAGUGACGAAAAUGCAAGAAAAGCUCUGAAGAACUUGCCUGCAUUUCCUCCCAAGACUUUGCAGGAGCAUCCUUCACUUGCCUAUUGUGAAGACAGAGUAAUCCAACAUUACAUUAAGAACAAGGGGCUGACUAGAGGACAAGCGAUUGUUCAGUACAUGAAGUUGGUUGAAGCCCUGCCUACUUAUGGGAUCCAUUAUUAUGGAGUGAAGGAUAAACAAGGCAUCCCUUGGUGGCUUGGGAUCAGUUAUAAAGGAAUUGGCCAGUACGACUUGCAAGAUAAAGUCAAACCUAGAAAAUUAUUUCAGUGGAAGCAGCUGGAGAAUCUCUAUUUUCGUGAAAAGAAAUUUGCAGUAGAAGUUCAUGAUCCUCACAGAAUUUCAGUAUCAAGACGGACCUUUGGACAGAGUGGCCUCGUAGUACAAACCUGGUAUGCGAACACUUCUCUAAUCAAAUCCAUCUGGGUGAUGGCAAUCAGUCAACAUCAGUUUUACUUGGACAGGAAACAAAGUAAAGCAAAAAUUCCCUCAGCCAGAAGCUUAGAUGAUAUUGCAAUGGACCUGACAGAUACAGGAGUGCCAAAAGUUUCAAAGCUAACAGCGUUGGAAGCAAAGAAUCAACUUAUUAUGGCCAGCAAUGGUAGCUUAAUCUCUUCAGGAUCUCAAGAUUCAGAAGUGAGCGAAGAGCAGAAGAAAGAGAAAAUCUUAGAACUGAGAAAGAAAGAAAAGCUUUUGCAGGAGAAACUCUUGCAGAAAGUUGAAGAGUUGAAGAAGAUCUGCCUGCGGGAGGCGGAGCUCACUGGAAAAAUGCCAAAGGAAUAUCCUCUGAACACUGGAGAGAAGCCUCCUCAAGUCAGAAGGCGUGUAGGUACGACAUUCAGAUUGGAUGACAAUCUGCUACCCAAUGAGGAGGACCCAACCCUGCAAAAUCUGGAAAGCAAUUUUCUCAUCCAGCAAAAGUUUGUGGAAGCGGCAAAGAAGUUGGCUGGUGAGCCAGACCUGUGCAAAAACGUGAAAAAGAAAAGAAAACAAGAGUAUACAGAGGCUGUGAAGAAGCUCCAGGAGACUGAAAAUUCCAUCAAUGAAUAUAGAAUUAAAUGUGGGAAGAAACCUGCACAAAAGUCCACCCUGAUUUUACCAGAUGAAAUUAUCCCAUCUGAGAGCAGCUCUUUGUCUGACACAACAUCUUUUGAAGACGGCAAUACUUCCCUUACUGUGGCGGUCCAAAGAAUAAUUUCUCUGCCAGCCUCUCCACCACCCAAAACUCUUGGAGUGGAGAAGAUCCAUCUCCGGAAGUCUUCCAUGAAUGAACAACUCUUAGAACAGAGGCACUCCAGAGAUUCUCUGUCAACUCACAGCAGUCCAUAUCGGACAGCCGAGAAGCAACACCAUGGAGGAAGAAGUAUGCCCACAACACCAGUCCUCACACGCAAUGCCUACAGUAGCAGUCACUUGCAACCGGAUACAUCCCCUCAGCGCUGUUUGGAGACCCAAACUACCUUCUUAUCAGAAACCCCCAGUGAAAAGCCAAUGUUCACCCUUUCAAAAUCCCAAAGAAGUAGCAGCACAGAAAUCCUAGAUGACGGAUCCUCCUACACCAGCCAAUCCAGUGCAGAGUAUUACUGCAUGACCCCAAAUUCAAAGCCCUGUUACAGCACCCAAACCCUUGACAACCGCACUAGAAACAGGAGGUGGUCCAAGAAACAGAACAUUUCUGCUUCCAGCUCAGGAAGUAUGCCUAACCUAGCCCAGAAGGACAACUGCAAUGGGGUCUACAUAAAAAAGGAAGGACAGAUGCCAACCAGUUGCUACAUUUCUGGCUAUACCCCUUCUAAAGAGGGCGACCUAUAUUACAACAGUGGCUACGUCUAUGAGAACGGCACAGAGGGCCAAUACACGGUCAACCCUUCCUAUCGUUCCUCAGCACCCUAUGGGUACGAACGCCGAUAUCGGGAAUUCAGAUCUUUCCAUGAAGACGAAAUGGAGAGAGUGCCCCACAAUCCGUACGCCACGCUGCGCUUGCCACGGAAGCCGUCCAUGAAAACAGAGCACAUCACUAAAAACAUCCACAAGGCCUUAGUUGCGGAGCAUCUCCGUGGUUGGUACCAGCGUGCCUCUGGACAAAAAGAGCAGGUUCUUGGCUUGCAGGCGGGCCUUGAUGCUGAUCGAGAGUCUCAGAGAGGCCUAGGCUAUGCUGGACUACAGAUGCUAAGUUGUCAAAGCAGUCAUUCAUCUUCUUUCUCUUUAGCAUCCUCAACAAAUUCCUCCGUGAACUGGCGGAAUCAGUUUUUGUUAGGACUUCCUGAUUGUGAUACGCUAUCUCAGUCCUCUUUUGCCAGCUGUUACGGGAAUGUGUAUGGGAACCACCCACUGCAGAGCAGGGUAUAUCCUGAAACUAACCAGUUGGGCAACAGCAAUAGGAACCCUUUGCAAGAUGGUAUGCAAGAAAACGAGCAGAGACUCUUCUGGCAUGAGGAUUCAAAACCUGGGACCUUAGUAUGAACCUGCCCUCUCCUUCAAAUGCCCCACGUGCCUUUGCACCUUACACGGUUUUCCCUACGAAAACAAGGUUCCUGGUGCAGCAGCUCCGUAAAGGAGAUUUGUGCUGGGAGGACGAGAAGCAUUUGGCGAGAGAAACCGGAAGAAUCUCACCCACGCUAGCACAACAGUAUGACUCCAAA